GCCGGUGAUUAGCAGUGGACGUUGGAAGCUGCCAAAUAAACAUGGAAAGAAUUCUUUGUGAAAUUCACGUGUAUUGCAGUGCCUGAUGACUGAAUGGAAAAAUGACAAGUUGUGUUACGCAGGCAGCGCAUGCCUGUUGAAGACUGGUGUAAAGGACGGGCCGAGUAAAGGCAAGAGCUUUUAUGUUUGUACUGUCCGUGAUUCAACACCCUGCAACUUCGCACUGCCUGCUGAAAUUCCCCCAUCUCACUGCCUUCAGCAUGAGGACUCCAUGGUUGAAUUACAAACAGUGAUGUACAAUGACAAACAGGACAAACACAAGUUGUUUUAUCGCUGCACAGUGGGAAAAACACAGGGACAGAAGUGGUGCGGGUGUGUUCCAUGGAAAGAGAAAGGUCCUGAGAGAAGAACUGAUUUAUCAGACAAAAACCAACCCUCCAUCCUCCCUCCAGUCAGAAACCCUUUCAAACACGCCAACAAACAGGACAAAACCCGAUGUAGGGCAGAUCCAGAUAAGGAACUGCAUAAAGAAGAGGUCAAACGAGACAAUACGUACGUGAACAUUGAAGAUGAUGAAAAGACUGAAAAUGAGGGAGGAAAUGCCAAAACAACUGAGACAGAAAGAAGGAUUGAGGGUCAAGGUGGAUUGAAUGGUGAGGGAGGAAACAGUGCAGUUUCAGAUUCCUGGAGGAACAAGAAACUCCCUGCUGGGAUGAAGAUAAGGAAGAGAGUGUCUGAUGAUGAGAGACACAGGGAACCGGCGGAGGACACAAAGUGCCCUGAAAGUCCAAACGCUGUGGAGGAAAGUACAAGUGUUCAAAAGCUGGCGGAAAAAGCGAGUGAAUCUUGUAGCCUCAAAGACCAGCAGGGGCAGAAGUCUCCAGCAACAGGCAGCUCUUCUCAAAGUGCUUCAAAGAGCUCAUGUGGACUUGAUAAGAAAACUGCAGUAGAGAAUGAAGCAGAGGACGAUGUCAUUCCAAAUAAGCAAAGCUCAGAUAAAACUCAAAGCAAGAGCAAACCAACCCCAAGCUCUUCUCUACAAGAUUUACCAGCUUCUGAAAAACCGACAUAUAAUGGUCAGAAGACAGAACCAAACCACAGUCAGGAGAAUGGCCACAAGGGUGUCGUGAGCUCUCAGUUCGGUGAGUGGAGUGAUGAUGAUGUUCAAGUUGUGUCUGUACAUCCUGCCCCCCAGCAGAGUGCUCAGACUCCACCUGCACCUGUUCAGAAAACACUCACCUCUUACACCGGGUUCCAGCCUGCUUCUAAAGUCAAAGGUCAAUCUGAGGACCCAGUCGCCAUUCACAGUCAUCUGACAGCCCAGCUCAAGCAGAAGAAGGCUACUCUAUCAGUGGUGAAUGUAUCUGCUCUGCCAGAUAAUGGAGAGCGAUUGAAAAGUCAGGUGAAGGAGCUUGAAGAUGCGUUGGAGUCUCUUAGUCUGACCACAGCUUCUCUGUCUGAGUCUCAAGAUAAAGACAAACCCAAGGCAGAACAGAAACCCACACCCAUCCAGUCCAAUCCAUUUAGCCGACCUGGAGGCACCAACUUCUUGCCCAUAGCUGCAGCCCUGGAGACCUCAGGCAGCUCGCUGGGCCUGAACAUGAGCCAGACCUACUCACAGGUGUUUGGAGUGAAUGUUCAGGACCAGGCCUUCUACGGAGGCCGGAUGACUGAGAACAGACUGCUAGCUGUCCGCAAUGCCACCACUGAGGCUAUCGACCAUCUGCACAACUCGCUGGAGUCCUGUCCCUCAGAGGACACGGAGGCACAGGAUCCCAAAGGAAUCAAGGUGGAACUGAUGCCCCAUCAGAGGAGAGCUCUGGCCUGGCUGCUGUGGAGAGAGACACAGAAGCCGCGUGGAGGAAUUCUGGCUGAUGACAUGGGCCUGGGCAAGACCCUCACUAUGAUCGCUCUCAUUCUGUCUCAGAAGAAGAAAGAUGAAAAAUUAGAGGAAUGGAUCUCUAAAAAUGAUUCAACCCUUGUGGCCUCUCAGGGGACAUUGAUCAUCUGUCCUGCUUCUCUGGUGCAUCACUGGAAGAUAGAGAUUGACAAGCGUGUGAAGAGCAAUCGACUCAGUGUGUACUUGUACCAUGGCCCCAACCGACAGAGGAGUGCUAGCGUCCUUGCUGAGCAUGAUGUGGUGAUCACCACGUACAGUCUGGCCUCAAAGGAGAUCCCCGUUCAGAAGGAAAACGCAGAAAAGCCUUCUCAGGAUUCUGAUCGUGUGACUUCAGAAAUGCCUCCCCUUUUGCGAGUUGCAUGGGCACGCGUGAUUCUUGAUGAGGCCCACAACAUUAAAAACCCUAAAGUCCAGACGUCCAUGGCGGUGUGUAAGCUGCAGGCCAGAUCCCGCUGGGCUGUCACCGGAACCCCCAUUCAGAACAACCUGCUGGACAUGUAUUCACUGCUGAAAUUUCUGAGAUGUUCUCCGUUCGAUGAGUACAAGCUUUGGAAAGCUCAGGUGGAUAAUGGCUCAAAGAGAGGAGGAGAAAGAUUGAACAUUCUUACCAGAACGCUGCUGCUCCGAAGAACCAAAAACCAGCUGGACUCUACUGGCAAACCACUGGUUUGUCUGCCUGAUCGCACAUGUGAGAUCCACAGGUUAAAGCUGUCUGAAGAUGAUCAGGCCGUGUAUGAUGUUGUGUUUGCACAAUCCAGGUCCACACUACAGAACUAUCUUAAAAGACAUGAGGGAGGAGAAAUUAAAAAGGGAGAGCAUUGUAAUCCCUUUGAAAAAGUCGCUCGGGAGUUCGGGAUGUCUCAGCAGGGCACGCUGUCUUCUUCACAGCAGCCUCAGGCCUCCAGCACCAUCCACAUUCUCUCACUCCUGCUGCGGCUUCGACAGUGCUGCUGUCACCUGUCUCUGCUCAAAAAGACCCUGGAUCAGUCAGAGAUGCAGGGGGAUGGUGUGGCUCUGUCUCUAGAAGAGCAGCUGUGUGCUUUAUCUCUGUCUGAGCCUGCAGACUCUGACCAGAAGGACAUGGUCUCGCUGAAUGGCAGCCGCUUCCGUUCAGAGGUCUUCCAGGAGAGUUGUGAAAGCACUAAGAUAUCAGCCAUUUUGACAGAGUUAAGAGUGAUUCGAAAGAAAGAUCAAAAGAGUGUGAUUGUGUCUCAGUGGACCAGUAUGCUGCACAUUGUUGCUGGUCACUUGAAAAAAAUGGGCCUUAAAUUUGCUGUAAUUGACGGCACGGUCAAUCCCAAACGCAGAAUGGAUCUAGUAGAGGAGUUUAACACUAACCCUAAAGGGCCUCAGGUGAUGCUGGUAUCUUUGUGUGCUGGAGGUGUGGGUCUUAAUCUGAUCGGAGGAAAUCAUCUUUUCCUAAUGGACAUGCAUUGGAACCCAGCACUUGAGGACCAGGCCUGUGAUCGAAUCUACAGGGUGGGACAACACAGAGAUGUUACAAUACAUAGGUUUGUCUGUGAAGGGACAGUGGAGGACAAGAUCUCCUCUUUACAGGAGAAAAAGAAGGAGCUGGCCCAGAAAGUCUUGUCUGGAAAAGGAUCAUCAUUCAUUAAACUGUCUCUAGCAGAUCUCAGGGUCAUCUUUGGUGUGUGAUUGGGAUUUUAUUGUAGAGGACCAAUAUACAUUGUCAGUCUGAUUUUAUCUGUUGUUAUCUUCUGUAUUGUAUUUCUUGGAAAAAUGAAACGCGUUAAGCCAAGACUGUACAGUAUAUUCAAACACUGCAUAUUUAUUUUGAAUAAAUUUAA